UUUUCCAGAUCUCAAACAAACUCUCCUAAUUAACUGUGUUUACUUUUGAAAUUUUCAAAAUCUAACAAUCAACAAAAACACGAAGAACCAAAAGAACAAAAACUGCUCCUACAUUAUUAUUAUUGCUGCAUGUGUUUCAUAACGCAAACCAAAUCAGAGCAAGCAAGUCAAGAAAAGAUCCGCAAUGGAAACACGAUCCACAAAGCGCAAGAAGAUUGCUCAUCGGAAUCAAACGACAGCGAAAGGCGCUAACAAAAAGAAGGCCAUUGAUAGGAUCAGUGAUCUCCCUGACGCGAUUCUUCACCGCAUUCUCUUCCUCCUUCCCAUCAAAUGCAUUGCACAGAUGAGUGUUCUUUCAAAGAGGUGGAGAUUCCUCUGGACAACGUUUCCAGAUCUCGAUUUCACCACCAUCAGCCCUUUCACAAUAUCCCCGCCGACAACAAAAAACCGUUACAAAUUCUCAACCGUCAACCGCCACUCUGCCUCCUCAAGAAAGCCGGAUUUCAUCACGCAAGUUUUCUCGAUCCGCGAGAAGAAUUCCGACAUCAGAGUCCUCUGUUUUCGCGCCCGUUUAAGCUUCUCAAGGCUCAACAACCUGAUCCGAAGCGCCAUCCGUCACAACGUCAAAGAACUGGACGUCGAAGUCGCAACGGAAGUCGUUACAGAUGAUUAUUUCAACUUCCCUCGCUGCGUCAUCGGCAGCCAAUCCUUAAAAGUGUUAAAAUUGAAGUCCGGAUUUCGUCUCCCACCGUCCUCUAUCAUGAGGGACGGUUUCCAGUCUUUGCAAACACUCUCGUUAUCGCUAGUAAUUCUGUAUAAUCAGCCUUUUCUCUCCGAUUUGUUCUCCGAAUCAUCGUUUCCUCUUCUCAAGAAUUUGCACCUGGACAUGUGUUUCGGUUUGAAAUACCUCCGUGUUGGCUGCAAGGCUCUUGAAGAUUUCAGUUUACAGAAAUGUUUUCAGUUACAAGGGUUGGAUAUCUCGUGUGCGAAGCUCGAGAAUUUGAAGGUGGCGAGUUGUUUUGACGCUUAUAGUGAGAAGAGUUGGGUGAGAAUUAGUGCCCCGAAGCUUCAAAAUUUGGUUUGGCACUAUAAUGCGGUUACAGAUAUGAGUAUGUUUGAGGAUCAUUAUCAUCAUCAGUCCUCGUCGAAUUCAUUUUCGUUGUUCUGUGGUGAUGCUUCAGUUGGUUUCUUCAUACUGAAUGAGGAUGUUAGUAUUGGUAAGCUUCAAAGUGUGAAUAAUUUUUUGUCUGGACUCUCUCAUGCUCGUUCCUUGACUCUUGAAAGCCAAACCAUUGAGGUAAAGUAG